CUUCCGUGUAUUUUGCAGUUUAAGAAGGCAUAUUAUGUCCGUUAACCGGUGUUAUGCGAUGCAGAGAAUAUCAACAACAAAAAAGGAGCGAUGAAGCCUAAUUCUUUGGUUUCUGUUUCAUUGUGACGAAUGCACACCAAAGAACCGUGGAAGAGGGGUUUGUAGGAUAGAAACUGCAGACUUUCUACACCUCCAAUUUUUGAGCUAUUUAUGCCAGCUCCGAAAAAGGACCCUUGUGAAAACUGUGCGGAGGAAUUAUUACUGCAUCUUUAAAAAGUUGGGAAGGAGUACAUUUGAGUCCGGGGUGCAAACGAAACAUAAUCCUUGUCGAAUAGAUCUCACUAUUCAUUCAGCGUCAGUUUUUUCGAUUGGUAUCUCUUCGACAUCGCUGAUGUCUGCGACAGCGGCUGCGACUGUUCAUCACAGUCAGGUUUCUAAAUGACAGGGAUGCGUCUCUCCUAGUUCAUCCUUCCUUUGAAAGCUCCAGGUAGUUAAGGUCACGAUUAACGUUGCGAUAAUCGACUGCGACAGGCGCAUGUUGGUUCAAUCACGGGACCGUGCCUGUCAAGCACACGGAUAUUUUGGUAUGAAAUAUUGGUGAAUGCAACGCAGCGUGACAAAAUUACCAGAUACAGGCCCGCCAUACCGAAUUCAUCUCAGUCACGAUGUUAGAUGAGGUACCGUGAAGGGCUUGGGGAUAUUGCUGAUUCUGUUUUCUUACCGCCAUUUGUAAGGGGAACAUUCAUCACUUGGACAUCUUGAAUUCCUUUCGCUUAUAUUUUGCUUCCGUCACUUAAUAUUGUCCAUUUUGCUAAUGAGGACUCGUUUACGGAGCCAAUAGAUGAGAUUCUUUAAAGAUUGAUGGAAUUUGUUUUACGCAAACUGGAUAGUGCUUGUCCUGCCCUCUCACAGCUAAUUGGUGUCAUUAAAAGUGUUGGUUAAAGGGAGCCCCCGAGGUAGCGCAUACAACAUUCAAAAUGGUGGAUUGUGGUAAUCAACAGAACCGUCGCAUCGCGUUGUUCAUAGUCUUACUCAUACUCAUUCUCACGGUGGCCAUCAUCACGAUAGUGGUCAUAUCGUCCAACAAUGUAUCGUCAGGAUCAUCGUCGCCUUCGUCAGGAAUGACGACUGUGUCAUCGUCACAUUCGGAAGUGGAGUUAUUGCAAACCACACCCUCGCCGGAAUGACGAAGCCCCCUGACGUCACGAUGGACCAAUUCAAUGAAUACCCAGUGUUCGUCUUUUUCAUCACUUAACGCAGACGACACUGAUUCUCUAUUGGUUACGCCCACCAAGCUCUCACGAUAGGGACCCCAGCCCGGCGCAGACGUAACAUGACAAUAGCUGCCAUGGAGACGUCUGCAUCCUUGCUUGGUGGUAGUGACGAAUACUCCUACUCCUACCGGGUCCGAGACCGUCGGAGCAUCUCUGGCGCCAGUACUACCCCGUCCUCAACGUCAACUGGCAGCUCGUAUUCAUCAACGACAUCAUCUACGGCACCUUACAGCAGUUCAUCUAGGCCUUCGUCUAGCUACGGCACUUCUGGUUCGGGUUCUCACACUGUUGCUCUCGCUUCGAUGCUUGCAGGGAUAGAGGUGGUUGGUGACAAGCAGCAGGCAAUCAUCGAACGUCAGGGGAGCAAAGCAAAGCUACGUGCUAAGCUCGAGCCGCAGGAUUCUCUGGAUAAUUUCCCUGACAAAUACAAAUUCGAGGACAAUAAGCACGUUUCAGAGGUAGUUCAUGGACUCAAGUCAUUGUACGAACAAGGGGCUUUGGUCGAUGUGACAUUGAUUGUUGACGAUGAGGAAUUCCCGUGUCAUAAAUGCGUGCUGGCCGCGAGCAGCCCGUACUUCAAUGCCAUGUUCACGACGAACCUAGCAGAGAGCAGACAAAGUAAGAUCCGUUUAAUCGGUAUAGAUGCACCUUCAAUGCGGCUUAUCCUGGACUAUGCCUACACCUCACAAAUAGAGAUCAAUGAAGAUAAUGUGCAGGGACUUAUGCUUGCAGUCAAUAUGUUCCAGAUGCCAACAUUACGCGACGCGUGCGCACGGUUCCUGGAGAAACACAUUACUGUCUCCAACGCAAUCGGUAUCUACUUCUUUGCUGUCGCACACAACUGCGACAAGCUCGAGGAGCUGGCCAAAACUGUGGUUAUGGACAAUUUCAUCGAAGUUUGUAAAGAGGAAGAGUUUGUCACCUUAGGGAAAGACAAAGUUAUCGAUAUUAUUGCGAGAGAUGAGUUGAAUGUAGACAACGAGGAAGUGGUUUAUGAAAGCGUGAUGGCUUGGGCCAAGCACGACCCAGAUUCGCGUCGAGCAGACCUCGCUGAUGUUGUGUCUCACAUUCGAUUUGGACUGAUCAGCCCAUACUACAUCCAUGAUGUCGUUGAACGCGAUCGCAUCGUGUCGCAUAACAAGGGUUGUCAACAGAUCAUCGAUAGCGCGUUACAGUAUCAUGUUCUACGGGAUCGUCGCCAGGAUCUGGACAUGACAAAGGUCAACACUACCGCGCGAAAGGGAAUGCCAUUCGCAGACAUGUUUGUCUUCCUUACCAACAUGAGUGAAAUGCUAAGUGAUAUCAAGCAAACCACAGCCUACCGCGUUAAGGCACUACCCGAACUGAUGGACGAUGCCGAAUGUGUCAUAACCGGUGAAAACAACAUCUACACCAUGGCGAAACAGCCCACCGAAUAUAGCGGGCGACGUUUAUAUUCCAAUCGCAGAAGCGGUCUCUUUCUCUUUGAUCAAUUUGAAAAGAAAUGGUUACCGCGAGCCGCGAUGAACGUCGGCCGUUGUAACUUUAGUCUGGCGGUAUUGGACGGUCUGAUCUACGCUGUCGGGGGUUGUGAUGGUGACGAUACUCUUUCUAGCGUCGAGUGUUACAAUCCUGCCACCAACAUCUGGAAGCAGACGUCCCCAAUGCCACAGGCUGUCAGGUUCGGUCAUAAAGCCGUUGCCGUAGGAGGGCGAUUGUACUGUAUCGGUGGAGAGUCUGAAGAUACGGUUCUUGACGCUCUUUUCUGCUUCAAUCCUCGCCUUGAUAGUUGGGACACGGUUGCCAACAUGAUCCUACCGCGUACUUGCGCCAGUGUUGCUGUGACGAAUCGGGAAAUUUACGUCAUAGGAGGAAGCGUAGCGAUGGGUGAGGUAGGUCCAGAGAACAUGCUCAAAUCGGUCGAAAUCUACAACCCUGAUAAUAACGAGUGGCGGUUCGGACCAGAGCUCCCAGAAGGAAGGAUGUCUUUCGUCACAGCAGUUUUAGGCGGCACUAUCCACAUUUUUGGCGGAGAAAAUGGACUGGAGGACUGCGAGGCGAAGGUCUGGAAGCUUGAAUCAAACGCGACGGAAUGGGAAGAAGAUAAGGGCACGUGGCCACCUAUAGCUGCGCCAUUUUGCUGUCUCGUCGCCAGAAUGUCCAAAGAUAGCGAAUAGAGAAAACCAAAAAGAAGUGACUCAUUUGAUCACAUACUGAGGCGAGCAAUAAUAUCGCACCAUUUAGCAUGAAUACUGCAUAAAAAAUGGUGUUAUUCAAUUUUGUGCAAUAUUUUAGAUGAAUGGUACGAACGUUAUUGUUUGCAUCAUUGUACAUCGUUUUGUUGAAUCAAGUUGAUAAUUCCAAAUAAAAGCCCCCAUUGAAAAUAUGGUACUAUGAAUGCAAAUCUGAUGUCUGGUGCUACACGAAUGCAUUUACUUAUGGCGGAAGGAAAAGAAUAUUUACAGUUUCAGAUCGAGUAUACAAAGAAAGAAUACUUGUGGAAUACAAAACUGAAUUGACCUAUUACCCGAAGAUAAGAAAUAGAGCUCCAGUAUGGUUUUCAAUGUUUUUUAUUCUAGGAAAUAUAUCUUCACCUCACCUUAACGUUUCGAAUGUAGGAACAAGUGACAUAUAGGAAUAAUUUUUCCUGAUUUAAUACAUAAUCAAUGAUAUUAUAUUCAUACUUGCAUGCCCUUUACCGUUUUGUUCAUUUUUUUACAGGAACAAUACAUGUUCUACAUAUUUGCGCUUUGUUGAGUCGCUGUUUUACAAAAGCAUGGGUGUUUUUCUACAGUUUAGAUGGCUUUUACAUUAAAGAUGUUGCACACUAAUUGUUGUUCCUACUGCGUCAAUCACCGGGCUAAAGCCCAUAGGACGGAUAGCCACCUAGACCGAUAGCCCACGACAGCUACAAUAUCGGCUGUUAAAUGGCCCACAAGACCGACAGGUACUGACAAUUUUCUGUAUCGUGGGCUACCAGUCUACUUGGAUGCCCGCAAUCAAAGACCUUCCUGCAUUUAAAUGCACAAUGCUCGCCCAGACGUUGCAUCUAGACACGGAUAUAAUGUUUUGACUAAUCACAAGAACAAGCUUUUAUGGUUCGUCCGAAAAUGGGCCAUAACGGAACAAUCACCCCUCUUUCUGUAUCGGUGGGGGGGG